AGUGCGCUGGUCGUAGGAAUUUUCAUAACGAAAUCGAACCGAUACUGAAAAGAAACAAAAUCAGAAUGAGUUCUUCUCAUUCUUAAACAGUGAAAACCUUGUUAUUUUCUCGUAUUUCCUCAGUGUUACGAAUAGUCGAAGUGCAAGUGAAAAAGCGACUGCAGCUAUAGUCUCAUCGUACGUGACAAAUACACGAAAUUACUCUUACUAAUAUCUAUUAACGUAUCGAGCGUAAAAUACCGGUUGUGAAGUCCCGACCGGCUAUAGCGCGGUGGUAAUUUUUCGCGAACGGCAGGUGUUUGCGAUAAAAUUGCAGGCCCGCCUCUCGCCGUAGCUUCGGUAAAUAGGAGGAUUACCGUUGAAGCACGUGAUCUUGCCUGAUAGUUUCAGUGCCACCGAGAAUCUCGAGGCGAUUGCCACUAGCAUCUCUGUUUCUCGCCUUUCCGGCCCUCUCUUAUCAACUAAUCAAGCUUGAUCGAUCGAGUAAGUGACUGUCGUCAUCGUCGUUAGUUUACGUUUGAAGUGACUGGUGAUAGAGCAGUGGUGGUCUUGUGAAGUCGAAGCACGUUCUACCCUCGAGUGCUGAAAAUGAAGAUUUACAACAUCAUCGGGGUGUCGACGGCCUUCCUGCUCAUUCUGAGUGCUGCAGGACCUGCCUCAGCAGCCACCGUGCCUCGAGCCACUGGCGAUGCUCUGCAACUGCAUAUUCUUCACACGAACGACAUGCACUCGAGGUUCGAACAGACGUCAGCGUUAUUCGGUACCUGCACUGAUACAUACGCAGCGAACAACGAGUGCAUAGGAGGUUUCGGCCGAGUGGCAACAGUGGUCAGAAGUGCUCGAGCUGGAAGUGUCCCAACACUCUACCUUGAUGCCGGGGACACGUACCAAGGUAGCAUCUGGUUCAUCGUUCAUCGAUGGAAAAUUGCUGCAAGAUUCUUGAACCUUCUGAACCCAGACGCAAUGUCACUAGGGAACCACGAGUUUGAUCAAGGCGUCAGUGGGCUGAUUCCUUUCAUCGAAAAUGUCACGUUUCCUGUACUUGCGGCGAAUUUAAACUUGACAAACGAGCCGGAGCUCGGAGCUACGAAACUUGCGAAGAGUACGGUCAUCGAUAUUAAUGGGACGCAAGUUGGCAUCAUCGGUUAUCUGACCCCGGAAACCAAGAUCCUUGCGACGACAGACGACGUCAUCUUCGAUGAAGAGGUCGCGGCAAUAACUGAAGAAGCUGCACGGCUUAAGGAGAACGGGAUUAAUAUCCUAAUCGCGCUUGGACAUUCUGGGUUCGCGAUGGAUAAGACAAUCGCCGCCGAAGUCGAGGAUAUUGAUCUCGUAGUAGGUGGCCAUACCAACACAUUUCUGUACAACGGAACUCAGCCAGACACCGAAGUCCCCGAAGGCUUGUAUCCUACGGCGAUAACUCAGAGUAGCGGCAAAAUAGUCUACGUGGUCCAAGCUUACGCGUACACCAAGUACAUCGGCAACUUUUCCGUGACCUUUGACUCCGAAGGUGACCUCACACACAUUGAAGGGAAUCCUAUUCUUCUUGACUCGAGCGUCGAGCAGGCUGCAGACGUAGUGGAAGAGUUAGAGAACUGGCGGGAGGCGAUCGAUAAUUUGACAAUCACCUAUGUCGGGACUAGUAGCGUUCUUCUUAAUGGUGAUGGCAAUGUCUGCCGUCGCCAAGAGUGUAAUAUGGGAAAUCUAGUGACGGACGCGAUGAUUGAUUACGUCUCCAGGCAGUACAACGGAUCUGAUGGAUGGACGGAUACACCGAUUGCUGUCAUGAAUAGCGGCAGUAUCAGAACUUCCAUACCCGCCAGUACCAAUUCUGAGAUUUCAAUGGCGGAUGUUCUUACUGUUCUUCCAUUCGGUAACCAACCCGUCAUCGUCGCUAUGACUGGUGAGCUAUUGAUAUCAAUGCUGGAAUGGAGUGUUUACUACAUGACUGGGGAUCCGACUGAAGAUGCUAAGGGUGGUUUCCUACAAGUGUCCGGAAUUCAGGUGGCUUAUGAUCUCAGCCAACCAGUUUACUCCAAGGUGGUUUCCGUCAAAGUUCGCUGUGGCAAUUGCAAUAUUCCUACAUACAGUGAUCUGAAUAAAACAGAAACCUACUCGGUAAUAAUAAAUGACUACAUAUAUUCAGGUGGCGAUGGAUUUAGCAUGCUGUCUGAUUUGGAAGUGAAAAGAGCAGAUGAUACUAUUGCUGACGUCGUGGCCCAAUAUUUGACACUACGCAGCCCUGUUUAUCCUGCAGUUGAGUGGAGGAUCACUUUCAGUGAAACGGAUACUACGGAAUCCGUUGUCGAAAGCGGAGCAUCCUACAUUACUUAUUCAAUCACUAUGAUUAUCGUACCUCUUUUGAUCAACAGGUGCACGUAGGUAAAAACUAAAAAAUCAUGAUCCAGAUCAGUCAUUCGUGGAAUAUGAGAAACGAGCUUAUUGAGACGCUACCCAAAAAAAUCGUUAAGGUCUACUCGCUGAUAAAUUAUUAAAAUAAUUUCGCUCUUCAUCCAGGCAAGUAGACAUCUGAAUUUUUAUAUUCGAAGAUAUUCAAAUCUCGUAUCCAAUGAAACAAAUAUGCCAUAUUUGCGAUCACUUUAAUAGUAAACAUAUAUUCCAAGAAGAAAGAAUCCAACCUAAGUUGUCCCAGUAGUUAGGUAUUUGUACCUAAAAUAAGUCAGAUCGGUCCUAUCCCAGUAUUUUAUUUUAACUCGUCACCUAGUACUGAUUAUAGAUUCUUGUUAUCCUAGACAUAUCUUGAUCUUUCUGAUCACACAGAUUUUUAUUUUUAUGGUUUAAAUAAAAAUUUUAUUAUCAGGCCUAACCAUCGUUCAUAACUGUGAGUUAUUGAUUUGAGACAUUUAUUGAGUACUAAGAAAAUUA